GCGAAGUCAAGGGAGCCGGGAUGGUUUGAUGGUGAGUUAACUGGUUUACUCGACGUCAAACCCCGCAGUUCUGCUCUUAGCGGGCAGCGGACCCUCCAUUGUCGAAUCGAAGCAGGUGACGGAAUCGUCAAAUCACUGUUCACGGGGAAAGGAAGACACACCUACCUACCCUCAGCAUCGUCUAUUAUUCCAUCCCAUAUAGCCCGAAGCCAUAGCCGAAGCCAAGAUCCAGGGCAACUCACGCAAUGGAACCGCAAGAUCGCGGGCCGUGGGAGGCUUCGGAGGGCCCCUGUUACGUCGCCCUCACCUACGACGUCCUCGACGCCGCGUCCGUCAUGAACCGAGUCCGCUCGCCGCAGGCCGGAGCCAUCGUACUCUUCUCCGGCACCACGCGCGACAGCUUCGGCGACAAGCCCGUCAAGGAGCUGCAGUACAGCGCCUACAUCCCGCUAGCCCUGCGCACCAUGCUGUCCAUCGCCAAGGGCGUCCUCGAGAGGCACGGCCUCAAGGGCGCCGCCAUGGUCCACCGCCUCGGCACCGUGCCCAUCGGCGAGGAGAGCAUCCUGAUCGCCGUGUCGUCGCCGCACAGGCAGGCGGCCUGGAGGGCGGGCGAGGAGGCCCUGGAGGAGUGCAAGGCCAAGGUCGAGGUGUGGAAGCGGGAGGAGUUCCACGGCGAAGAGGGCGUGUGGAGGGCGAACCGAGACGGCAUCGCGGGGCAGAAGGUGCCCGACGCGGAGAAAGAGGCCGGGGACCAGACGCAGCCAUGAUCCCAUGAUUCCGCGGCUCUCGUUUAGAAACGGAAAAUCCAA